AUGAGCGCACCACCAUUGCUCUCGUUCCUCACACCUGCUCCAGCAGUCUUUCCGUCCGAAGAGUACGACGGAUUUCAGCUUCGCUGGAAAAAUGUAGUUUUUCGUCCAGCCGAGUUCAAAUAUGAAGGUUUCAUACUACUCGCAAUAUUCGCGUAUGUAGCACUGUAUUUCUUUGGUUUUCGGCUCAUUUCCAUCUAUGCGGAGCAGUUUAGUCGCCCCGCGAACGGAUCAACACUACUUUCAGAUGGUGCAUCGGAUUAUUUCGCAUAUUCCACCGGGAGGCGUGGGGUUCAUUAUGCGCAUACAAUUUUUACCAUGGUUCCGCGACACGACAUAUUCCAGAUCAUAUACCAAAAACUCUAUGGCCUGAUCGACUUGCAAUAUGCACCCGAAGAUGAGGUUCUGCUUGACAUCAAGCUUCGGGACAAGGAUGGUCUCAAUGGCGAAGGCAAAGGUUUUGUUUGGGGCGUCAUAGCGAAGAAAGAAAUGCAGGCUCUCAGGAAAAACGCUGGGAUCUGGUAG